ACUUGGUUUCCUAUAAACAAUGGGUGUCAAUGGUCACCGAUUGUUCCACCCCCAAAUUAGCCGCCGAGGGAAGUCGGAAACCGAGCUGCGUAACCCGUCGUCGGAAUCCCCCGAUCUCCGGUUCCGGACUUGGUGAAUCGGAAGUGGGAGAUGGCUUCCAGAAGAAGGCCGCUGUCGAUAAAGACGGGGAGGGAGGACUCUGGAAGUGGAGUGGAGGAAAAGGAGGGAGGUGAAGGGAAGGGGACCGAUAACGGCGAGAUAACGGAGGCGGAGGAGGCGGAGGAGGAGGAGGAGGAGGAGGAGGAGGAGGAGCCGGUGAGCCCGGCGGGAAGGCUUUUCCUCCAGCCCCGCUUCAACUGCCACAUCGUGUCCGUCAUGGGGUGCGGCAAACGGCUAGACGUCGACGCCGUCAAGGCCGGCCUGGAGGUCACACUCGUUCGGCACCCACGGUUUUCCAGCAUCCAGGUCUCGGACGAGAAGCCGCUGAGAUGGGUCCGGACCAAGGUAAACGUGGAAGACCACGUCAUCAUUCCUGACCUGGACCCAAACGCCACCUCCGCCAACCCGGACAAGGUGGUGGAGGACUACGUAGCCUCCCUCUCCAGCACCACCAUGGACCACUCCCGGCCGCUCUGGGACCUCCACAUCCUCAAUUUCGUCACCUCCGAAGCCGCCGCCGUUGCCAUUCUCCGCAUCCACCACUCCCUUGGCGACGGCAUCUCCCUCAUGUCCCUCUUCCUCGCCUGCACUCGCCAAUGCUCCGACCCCGACCGCCUUCCCUCCCUCCCCGAUGCCCGCAGCUCCACCGCCGCCAACUCCCGGUCCGGCAUCCUCGAGCUCCUCCUCUGGGUCUGGGCCGGGCUGGUCCUUGCAUGGCACACCCUUGUGGACGUGGUCCUCUUCACCGCCACCCUCGCCUUCGUCAAGGACACCCGGACGCCGCUGGUGGGCAUGGAAGGUGUGGAGUUCCAUCCGAAACGGUUCCUGCAUCGCACCGUGAGCCUCGACGACAUCAAGGAUAUCAAGAAGGCCAUGAAUUGUACUGUAAAUGAUGUACUUGUGGGGAUCACGUCGGCAGGACUCUCUCGUUAUCUUGAUAGGAGAUAUGGUGAGGGUGAUGAUGUGAAGAAGGAGAAGAAGAGAUUGCCAGCAAACAUCCGGCUGAGAACAGCGCUUCUCGUUAACAUUAGACGGACACCGGGAAUCCAUGCUUUGGCUGAGAUGAUGGAGAAGGGAAAAGGUGGAGGGGCCAAGUGGGGGAAUAAGCUGGGUUACAUGGUUCUCCAGUUUCCCAUUGCCAUCUUUGAGGAUCCUCUGGAGUAUAUUCGGAGGGGAAAGGCAAUUGCAGAAAGGAAGAAGAACUCUUUGGAAGCAGUCUUCACGUAUUGGAGUGCUUGGGUGAUUGUUAAAAUCUUUGGUAUAGAGGCAGCAGCUGCCCUGUGUCGCAGAAUGGUUACUCACACGACAGUAUCGUUCUCAAACAUUGUUGGUCCAAUCGAAAAGAUUGGGUUUUGUGGCCAUCCAGUGGUCUACAUUGCUCCCAGUGUUUAUGGGCACCCUCAUGCCCUCACUCUUCAUUUCCAAAGUUACACGAACACAAUGAAGAUAGUUGUAGCAGUUGAUGAGUUGACAAUACCAAAUCCUAACCAGCUGUUGGAUGACUUGACCGAAUCUCUUAGGCUCAUAAAGGAUGCAAUUCCAAGAUCAUAGAAGACAAAGUUAAUCUUCUGAGAUUGGCCGUCUUUAGACAGGCGCACGCAAAUAUAAGCUGGAUUGUUAGAUGUUCACUCUAUUGGUUUUGUAAUUAACCAAUGGUCAUGAAAUUAAAGAAACUUCACAAUUGUUCAGCAAAAGUAGAAAGUAAGCGUUUGGACAUUUAUUAUGGUUUGAUGCCUUUUUACCCUUUUUUUUUUUGGGAGAAAACAUGACUUGUUUACUUGUUCUUUGUAAUCUAUGGUGAAAACUGUUGGCUAAAA